GCCUCGUUUUGCAUGCCAAAUUUUGAUGCAGGAUGCAGGAUGCGGAGGGAAAUUUAUGACGUCCGUUAAGACCAGGUUGGGAUGAUAACUUGCGUUGAAUAUUUAUCUCUUGGCAUUUCCGAACUCUGCUCAAUAUAAUAAAACCAAAAAGUAUGUUCCAAAUGAAGCACUGAUUCGGAGAGUCUCUUGCAUUUUGUUGAAGCAAAAUGGGAACAGAAUAUGUUGGCAAAAAAAUUUGGAUACUUACUGACGAAGGCAAAUAUAAUGGGAUCAUACACUCAGUUGAUGAAAAGAAUAAAAGACUUAUUCUUCAAAAAGUUUCUAUGGCAGAUGGAAGGAAGAUAAGGGGUCUCCAGAUAUUCUUCACAAAUGAAAUUCGAGAUUUGCAACUUUUAGACCAAAAUGGAAGUGAUGCAGACACAGAUGAUAGAUCAUCAGAUCGAGGGCUUGAUGAACUUACUAACGAAAAAGCCCUUGAAAAUGAUAAAGCUGAGCAAAAGAGUAUAUUCACUGAGAAAGACCCUAGUGAUGAAGGCUCUAGACUUAUUGCCAGGAAACCAUUUUUGCCUAACAAAUAUUUAUCUGGAGAAGAAAACUUAAAUAUGACAAUUGAAGAUGAUGAGUUCUGUGAUCUUCCUGAUGUUAUAUUGGUUGAUGAACUGAAUGAGAAAUUUGAUCAAGCAGUUUACUUUAUCAAUGAGCAAAGAGUAGUGGGACUAUCAGCUGAGGCCAAUCAAAUGGGAAGGUCAGGGGUCUUGUGUUUGCUCAUUGUUGGCUGCAGAGGUGCGACCUAUGUAUUUGAUGUGCACAAACUUGGUGCAGAAUGUUUUGCUAAAGGAUUACGCUCAUUCCUUGAAAACAUUUAUUUGUUAAAGGUUGUUCAUGAUUGCCGACUCCUUAGUGACUGCCUCUUUCACGUGUAUGACAUAGAAAUGAGGAACAUAUUUGAUACCCAGGUUGCAGAUAUUAUUAUUUACAAGCAAAAAAGAGGGAAACUACCAAGGGAAGUGAAUGGACUCGAGCCUUGUCUCUUCGAUUACCUGAAUCUCAAGCCUUCUAAAUGCAGUUUUUCGUCAAUUAUUGGUAAAUUCACUAAGACUGACGCAAAUCUUUGGACAACAAGACCUCUUCAAAGAGAGUUACUUAAUGCAGUUUCUGAGAAAGUUCUGUUCUUGAGAGAGUUAAGAAUUGCACUGAUGGAGAAGAUGCUUGCUGAAUUUUUGUUUGGUGUCGACAUAUAUCUCGCUGUAUUCAGAGAUUCGCCAGUCGAUUGCACAAAUGCAUUGGCCAAGACACGCAAAGUACCUGGGGCAUUUCACGAUUUGAAGAGGAUCACAGAAAGACGAUGGAGACGAUACGAGGACAAAGACAAGCAGAUGAGUAAAAGAGAUGAAUUUUAUUCAGGAGGUCAAAAUGGAGAGAAUAUUGUAAGCAAAAACGAUGGAGGAUGGACAGAGGGAAUUGAGUUUGCCGAUAUAUACAGGCAAAAGCACGGGAAGAUAGUUGAGCGCGAUGACCUUGGGCAAUCAGCUUGGUCAUCGCUUAUGACUGAUGAAGCACAGAUCGAUCCGGCAAUGAGGCCAUGGAGAUCAUCUAAACCAGAUGAAGUUAAAGACAGUUCAGUUAAAGGACAAGAACCUUUAGUAUUUAGAUCAGAGGGGGAUUUUAGGGAAAAGAAGAAAACACGAAGUAAGUAUGGUUUAAAUUCUAGCACGGUUGUAGAGGGUAUUCCCGAGAAAGAGAGUGGUUCGGCAAAGGAUACGAUGGUCAGAGAUACCGUUGAACAUGCAGCCAAAAAUGUGCAGCUUACGACGGAAAUCAUACAAACGGAUGCAGUACGUAUUGAAAGCUUUGAAAAGGACAUGUUAAACAACAAUCGCCUGGAAGGAUCGCGAUCUAGUAAUAAAUUUACUCCAGCUGACAACUGGAUCCCAUAUAAGGGUAAAGAAAAUGACAGCAACUAUUCACCGAAUGCUAAGCAAAGUCCUUUGGUAACGAGGUAUCACGAAGAAUAUCCUCCUUUAAGUCCGGAGAACCAGAAUGGUAGCAAAUCUGCAGAUUCGCAAAAAGACACUCCAGAAAGUGAAAUGAGAGCGAGAAAGAACUUGGCUUCUGUUCUCGGUGUAAAAACCGAUUUGGCAAGGUCAGUACCUGUCGGUCGAGCUAAAAACAGAAGCUAUUUUGCUUCUUGUACUCCUCCACUGAGAGCCUCUCCUGGACCUGGUGACGCAUCACGUGCUAAGAAUCGAAUUGACAUUUUGACCGAUACGCAUUCGUUUCCAUCCGAUGAAGAUAUUUUGCAUACAGACCCAAUAAUUCGAGUUGACCAUGACAGUCCAGUCGUUGGACAAAACAUGCGAGUUCAAAAAAUCAAGUUGAAGGACUGAGUUGAAAAUUCGUCGUGGUAUUAAAAGCAAUAUCGUUUCAUGUCCGUUUUCCCAUUGUUUUUUGACUCGCAGCUCAAGUCUGUACAGAAGGAAUUUGUCUUUAAACACUAAUAACUGAGCUGUGCCUACUUGCAAAGACAUUUCCCCCAUUUAAAACCUCGCACGUAUACUUACCUUAUAUUUACUGCCAGUUGCGAAAAUGAUUUUACUAGUAUACAAAACUGAUGCCUUUAUUAAAGCUUUGUUUACGUUGAAGAAAUUUCAUACCAAUUAGUUCCUGUUCAAAAUAGUGGAACACUCAGUGGUUGCGAUAACACAUGAACGGUUUGAAUGGUAUCCUUCCGUUCUGAAAACUGGAACGCUUUUUACAAGUCAUACAUGCGAACAUUCCAUAAAUUAGAAGCCAAAUAGAACUGUGCUCCGUCGUUCUUGUGUAAACAAAACCUAAUAUUAGGAAUAUUUUUUUUACAUAUAGUUCCUUGCAUCAUUUAUUUAAAAUUAAACAUUGGCUGUUGCCAUUUUCGAUUAAGGAGCAAUGAAUUAAAUCCUUUCCUCGGAAUAGAGAGCAGAAAAUAUUUUUUGAAAUAUUUAUUAAAAAUUCUAUGCAGUGUUCUACGAAAUAUCUGUUGAUUGUCAAUACAAUGGCGAUUUUUUUAACCAACUGUGAUGUAGAAGUCUGAGAGAAUGAAACUUUCAGCUUUCAACUUGCCAGCAAAAUGUUUAACGUCUUCCAGUACAGUAUGUUCUUUUUCUAAAAAGUUUUUCAAAAAUACUAGAGAGACAUUUUUCAAAGCAGUGUGACCCUUUGCCUUUACAAAACAUGAAAUUUAUUUUUUGGUAGUACAGAACUGCUAGUAUGUUGUGAAAUGUUUGUCAUCUUCAACACUUUUCAAUCAUCUCCCUAUGGUCGAAGCCAUGUAUUUCCCUAUGGUCGAAGGUAUUUUUAUCACCAAUCUGCCGUUCUAAGUAUCCUGUUGUCACAUAAUUGUUACAUGGAAAAGCCGUUUUACUAACAUCAACCAAAUGGUGGGUGUAUGAAUAACACAGGAAAAACAAACGUUUAAAGGACAGCUGGUUUAUUGAAUGUGCAAAGAUUUCGCAACAUACUUUGGAACCUUGCCCCAGCUUUAGAGACUAUGGAAGGAUACUCCUGAAAAUAUCAUAUUAUUUGAAGCAAAGAGGGAUUGUUCUACUGUUUAAAUAUAGUCUUAUUUUCAUCCAGUUUUUAAAGGAAUUUAAAUGGGACGUCAAGACUUGGGGAAGUUUUUCAUUGUAUAUACUACAUCAGUUACAAUAUCAUAAGUAGAAUUUUAUUUUGAUGACCUUUGGAUGGUCUAGUCGACUUGGUACUUAAAACUUGCCAUCUGAGGCGCUUCAAAUUUUGAACAGGAACACAUUUAUUAUGUCAAGAGUAAAUUUUAGUUUAUGGAAUAUACCCAGACAAUUUGGAAAGUACCAGCCUCUCUUCUUAGAUAAUAAAACAAUUAUAAUUUAAUUUAAUUGUAACUAUUCUUGUUGUUACUCUUUGUUGUUUUUAUUACAUUAUAAUUAAACACGAAAUUGUUCUGUUACGUUUUAGUUUAAAGAAAAACAUAAAAAUGCAUUUUAUAUCAUACAUAUAUUGGCCUGUGUGAAAUUGUUUACUAAAAUGCCUAAAAACAACAUAGAAUUCAUAUAUCUCAUUUCUUACUGCCCCUUUGCAGUUAUACAUACUUUGAUGAGCAGGAAAGCAGAAACCUCAAUUUUAAGGCCAAUAUUAUUGAUCCAAGAGGAAUCUUUUCACACUGUUGUCCUUGCACUUUUGACCUUCAAAAUCACAUGGUCUCACUAUGGUCACAACUAUCUGAGAAUACAAUGAUUUGCAGUCCCAAAGCUUUCAUGCAAAAACCUUGAAAUUGGGCAACAAAAAGACACACACAUGAAUUCAACAGUUCUUUAAUAAGUACAAAAAAUUUAAAUGUGAUACAGGUUUUGACAAUGCAUAUGAUUUUGCUAAUUUUUAGAACACACACAGGAGUAUAGCCUAGGCAACAAGAAGGGUUUUGGGGGGGGGGGGGUAGAGUGAGACUAGAUGAUGGCUGUUGCUCAACUCACCUCUGCCAUGACCCCUUGGGAUGUUGGAAAAUGCCCCCUGUUGAAAAUAAAUUUGAAAAAAGCCAUUGUCAUUGGCUUUUGCAGCAUCCUAUUGCAGAUUUGCUUUCUCAGACACCAACCUUCUUAUCGCUAUGACUGUCCCCUUUGCUUUCCUUGCUAGGCUAGUACACCCUUGCGUACAUAUUAUAGUUGGUCUACUUUUCUAACAGCAUCAACAUUCAGUGAUCACAGAACCUUAUCAUUUGGAUUACAUCACAAUAUAUUUAAAGCCUUGUUCAUAAGUAGGGGCUGAGGAAGGAAGAAAAGCUUUGAUAGGGGGCAAAAAAGCUAUUCUGAUUCUUCCCUUCAUUUUCUGGACAAAGAGUACAACAGAACAUUCCCAUUUCCAGCCAAUUAUAGAUAAGGGGAAUCAAACUGAAAAUGGGAAAAAUCUGGUAAAGCCUGGAAAGUCCUGCCAAAAAUGGAAGCUACAAGCUACAAGUCAGUUGCAAUUUUCAAGGUUGAAACUGGCAAUGGUGACAUGCCUUUUUGGUAUGUGAUCAAAUACAAGGAUGAACAAGGACACUGCUCUUUUCCAAAUUGUUCCCCAAAGGUCACAUUGGAUAUUUCAACCUUUGAUCUAGCCAAUGAAAAAUAUAAAAGGACCCUUUCCGUAGUGCUGGAACAAACAAGUUGCAAAUCAUUGGAAUGAUUUAAGCAUUUUGAGAUAUACAACUCCAAGGUUUUUGGCCAGCUGCUUUUAGUUUACAGGAAACCAAAU